AUGGAAAGUGUGAUUCAGUGCUUUGAUAUCCACGAGCAUAUCAUUAAUGCAUCGCACAUUCGUUCUUAUCCGUGCUCUUCCCGCGAUGAAUUCAAACCUUUGAAGCUUCACGUCAAGCAGUACGUCCCGAACGACCAUGAGGAUCUUGGUUCCGACGCUGUGACAAUAAUUGCCGCAAGUGGCAUUGGGUUUCCGAAGGAGUGCUAUGAAGCAUUCUUCGCCGACAUCUUCAAACGAUGCAAGAAGCAAGGCAUUAAGAUCAGAGCUUUUUGGAUUGCUGAUCAAGUGACGACUGCAUCGAGCGGAAUUCUCAAUGCUGGUGAUUUGGGAACAUCACUUUCCUGGUGGGAUCACUCCAGAGACCUCUUACACCUUAUCAAUGUAUUCUCCGAACAAAUGCUCCGUCCCUUGAUAGGUCUUGGCCAUUCCCUCGGAGGAACUCAACUCGCCUACCUCUCCACAUUACAUCCCGCGCUAUUCAACUCUCUCAUCUUAAUAGAACCUCCAAUCUAUCCCACCAUGGAACGCAAACACGGCGUAGCUCACGCACGCCUCAUGCUACGCAGAAAAACAGAAUGGACAUCCCGCGAACAAGCCGAAAAAUCAAUGCGGAAAGCCCCUUAUUUCAAAAAAUGGAAUCCAUUCGCACUAGCAAGAUACUUCCAAUUCGCUCUACAAGAUCUGCCUCCCAGCGCUGAAAAUCCAGGGGCCGUGCGACUAGCCACGAGCAAACAUCUCGAAGUUGCACAUAUCUUUCGUUUGAAUGACCAAGGUUUAGGUCUACAGGGUUUAGAAUCACUGCCGCCCAAAGACCGCAAAACAAUUCCAGACAUCGACCCUUCGGCUUCGGAGAAUGCACCGCUGUACUCUCCCUGGACUCGAGAAAUGUUUUUCCGCCUACCGAAUUUACGACCUUGGGUUUUGUAUAUCGAUGGUGAUUCUACAACGACAAGUUCUUCGCCUGAAAUGGCUAAACAGCGGCUUAAGAAUACUGGUACGGAUAUUGGAGGUAGUGGUGGUGAGAAAAUGGGUACUGUUAAGCAGGUCGUUAUCAAUGGGGCUCAGCACACUAUGCCACUUGACGAGCAUAUGGGAGAGGUUGCGGAAGCAGCUAGUGGGUUUAUCGUUGCUGAAAUGAAGCGGUGGCAGCAGGAAGGGACGAUGGUAGCAUGGGUUGAAGAUGGUGAUGGCAGGAUUCCAACACCACCGCGACAAGAUGAGAGGUUUUUGAGGACUGUAGAGGAUUAUGAGGAGCUGGCGAAGAAGUUUGCCAAGUCGAAGUUGUAA